AGGCACCAGCAGGUGAAGCACAGACUCGUUAGUCGAGGAGCAAAGUGAGCACGAAGAAGCGGCGCAGAGGCGUUCGUUUGGCCGUGUGUAUCGUACGUGCUCGGAUGUAGAGUUUGUGCAAACAAACUCGCGGGUUUUAAGGUGUGCGUUAAUGCACAUGAGCGCGGUAAAACUGACUGACGCUCUUCUCGGAGUCCCGGUCUGCCGGUUUCCGCACCUAGUUGCCGGUUGCGCGAGUUCGUUGUCCGACCUGUAUCCAUAAAGCCGCGCGAUAAAUCGCUCGCGAUAUUUGCCGAUUAUUCGCCGAGCGUUUUUGCUGCCCGGUCGGUUAAGUCCGGCCCGGAAGCGGCCGGUCGAAGGUGCUGCGGAUCUGGGAAGGUCUCUGCGAAUUAAAGCAUCGUGGCGAGUGGAAUAAGCGAGUAAACGUUGACCCGGGGACGGUGGAGGAGGAGAUGAGCGGAAGAAAAAACUGUCAGAUGCUAUCAAUUAGCGGCCCACAUUCGUGAGGCCCCGCUGGGACCGCGCGCCAACUCGCGCGUAAAUCCGGUUUAGCUGGGGAAAAUUUAGCCUCUGUCUCUCUCGCUGUUGUACCAGAAGCAACGCAGCCGGAGAUAGAACGUUGAAUUUUGUAUGUGAAAUCGCAGCGUCGUAAGUACUGUUAUUACGUGUGCGCAGUUUGUAAAUCCCUCGGGACGAGGACAUUCGUUCGACGGUUUAUUUUUUAUGCUUAACUCUAUGGUCGUAUGUUUACGGAUUUUUUUCGAAUUGCCAAUGGACCAUUGAACCAAGGCUCGAGUGCGACGAGCUCGUUCUUUCUAUUCGCCUUUUCCUGCUGCUGCUGCUUCUUCCUCUUCCUCUCGUCGCUCGCUCGGAUCGACUGACUUUUCAGAUGACAAUCGCUCUGAUGUCGCUAAUGAAAUGGCCAGAGAUCGGCUAGGCUCUGAUUACUCGGAGAAUAUGAGCGACGCGACCACCUGCAGUUGCACCACGAAUUCCAUUGACAAGUGCUCACUCCGAAGUUGCGGAAUGUUUCACGAACCAUUUUUCCUACAUCCGCCGGGGACGAGGCCGCGGGAUGGAAUAUACAUAAAUCCGAUGAGUGCGUUCAUCAGCGAGCCAGCCCAGAAGCCAAGGGACACGGGAGAGUCGUUUUACCUGCACAGCCCUCACGAUCUCGUUUACACGAGGAUAACGCAUCUAUUUUGCGACAGCGAGAAAUCGAGAAACGGCGAACGUGGCGUUAUAAACGAGAGGAAGGACGAGACUUUAACGGUGAAAGUGGACGUGCAUAUAAAUAACGGUAGCUACAAGUCAGUCGGGAAUGGAAACUCGAUAAGAUCGGACUCGAUAAAGGACAGCGGCAGCGGCACGGAGCACGCUUACGAACAAAUUUGCAUAAGACCGGAGGAAAACGACAGCGUCAAUUCGUCCUCCCACAAAAAACUCAGCGAUGACGCCUCCGAGAGCGGUCGUUCCCGAACGGUUGGAAGACGCUUCAGCAGAUCGAGCAGCGGAAGCGAUUCGUCGAACAUGAGCAGCGAACUGCACUGUUAUUCGUCGACGACAUCGACGCCUUCGCUCUCUCGAAACAGCAGCAACGAGCGUGUUGGAAAACUACCAAAAGUGGCGAGCGAUGGGGGCACGUCGCUCGGUGGAGUCGAGAGAAAAAACGCGCCGAUAAUAACGACGGUGGAAAUCGCUAAGGAAUCGAAAGCACCGAUCGUCGCGUCGAGUAUCGUUAAGCCUCCUCCUCCGCCGCCACCUCCACCGCCGCCGGAUCCCAUCGAAGAUUUAUCCUCCGCUCUUAAAAAUGGCGAUUUCAAUGCUCGGGAUGAGAAAAGAGAGAAGAAUUCCAGGAGCGAGACUUCCAGCACAGCAUCAUCAACGGCCAACAAGUCCGAGGUAUCCUUGGAACAUCAGCCGGAAGUUCAAGCUGGCAGUACCUCGUCGGAUACCGAUGACGCGAAGGCGAGUCAGGUCUCUCACCUCGUCAGCAAGCACAUGGUUCUUCCUUUCAUACCACCGAAAUUCAACAACACCGCUGACUCCAACACUCUCCUCAAGCCAUCGGAGUAUCUCAAGAGCAUUUGCAAAAGUUCUGCGAAAAACAGCCUCUCCAAGGCCAGGUCCGUCGAUAAUUUAGACAUCCAAAGCAGACCCGAAGUCCAGCGAGGUCAGGAGCCACAACACGAAGAAACGGCGCGGAAGUGCGAGGAGGCGAAGGCUUUCGUGCCGGGACCUCCUCCGCCGCCGCUGCCACCCGCCUCAACCGCCCGAGACAAUCCUCCUAGUCCAACCGCCUCUCACGAACCGGAAACACCCAAAACUCCUCAGCCACUCGCUACGAUCAGCAUCCAGGAUCUUACGAGCGUACAGCUGAGGAGAACCAACAUCAAAAUGCACGCGACGAAAACCUUCUCGGCUCCUCCACCGCGCAGUGUUUCUAUGACUAAUGUUUCGGAACCUUUCUUCGUCCAGAAAACGGACUUGAUAGCAGAACUGAAGAAAACCAAGGACAUUCCUGGCAUAAAAAAGCUCAAGGUCGAGAGAGCCAAGUCCGAGAAAACCCAGGAGCAGAAUAUGAUUACGGAAAUAAGCAAAGCUUUCAGCGUCUCGAAUUUCGUUGACCAGAUUCCUGAAAAGGACAGCUCAGGCAACGUCAUCCCAAUCUGGAAGCGACAAAUGCUCGCCCGCAAAGCUGCCGAACGUGCCAAGAAAGAACUGGAGGAACAGAUUGCGAGGGAAAAUGAAGAAAAACGACAGAAAGCUAUUCCCCCUUGGAAACGCCAAUUAUUAGCGAAGAAGGACGUCGACGAAAAAAAACCGAAUUCAGGGCCGCCCACGCCACCUGUACUUAUCGUCCCAGCGGCGGUAAAAAUCGAGAUCUCGCCGAUCGUAAAGAGAGACGCCUCGCCGGCAGCCGGCUCGAGGUUGUUGAAACCGAUCGACCUCGAGAGGACCGAGAACGAGGAGAAAAAGAGUUCGACAACGAGGGACGAAAACAACGACGACGACGAAGACGAGGCCCCGAUUAUACCCUGGCGAGCUCAAUUGCGAAAAACCAACAGCAAACUCAACAUAAUCGAUUGACCAGUUGGCUCAAUCGACGAUAACGAGAAGGGAAAAAUUUUUGUUUUUCAAACGGUGCCCGAGUCGGUGACGGGAUUGGGGGAGAAAAGUGCGUACCUGAAUUGCGCGAGGAUUGAAAAAUCCGAGGAGCGACUCGCUCGAGAAAACGAGAAAAUAGAAUUUCUAGGAAUUUCGAUAAAUUUUGAAAAUUCAAUGGAAGAGAAAACUCCGAUCGAAUGAUUUGACACGUGAAAAGAGCGAAACUCGAGCCGAAGAGAAAUACAGAAACUCCCGUUUCCUACACUCGCGUAAUGACACUCUCACGAUCAACUUUAUCGACGAGUUCCCCGCAAUGAUUCAUGCGAUAAAAAAUGUUUAAGCGACUCUUUUGAACGAAGUAAAGUUCGAUGUCCAAACUCGAAUUCGUCGUUACGAAAUUGAAACAGUUAACGCAUUUCUAUCGAGUCGUGCCCGAAUAUUUUCGACGGAUUUCGGCUGAUCCGAUGACCGUGAGUUCAAAGACGAUUCGAAUAAUUAAACGAAGUAUGUAAAUGGUCGACUCGGUAAAUUUGAUUGUGAAUUAUUCCCUGAUUACACGGAAGAAAAAAUUUCACACAUAUUUACACACACACACACACCAACACGUACGUCGAUACAAAAUAUAUAAGAAAUAAUUCUCGAUUCCUCACGUGACAAUGAUUAUUCGCAUGGAAUACGAUCCUCGCGUCGUAAGGCUUAUGCGAUUAUGCAGGACCGCGAGGAGAGACGAGAGAGACGGCGAGAGACAUUCGUAGUUAAUUCUUAUAUUCACAUAAGAUAAUGUAUCUGAAUUUGUGUAAAGAUGGAUCAACGAACUCGAAUCCGAAUUUGUAAAUAAAACGUUUUGUCAAUAAAAUUGUUUAAGCUACA